AUGGGCUCGUACAUAGAAACCCGCGUUGCAAUCGUCACCGGUGCCACUUCUGGCAUGGGAAUUGACCUCGUCACAGACCUCUGCAAAAAAGGAUGGAGAGUCGCCUGUGUCAGCAGACGCCGAGAGGCCGGCGAGGCCCUCCUCAAGGAUCUCCCUCAAGAAAGAGCCCGCUUCUAUCCCGCAGAUGUCUCAAACUAUGCAGAGCUUGCAGAGGUGUUUCGCGCCGUGUAUCAGCUUUGGGGGCACAUUGAUGCGCUGUGCGCCAACGCCGGCAUUGUCGACACUUCCUCCAUCUAUAUUUACGACUCGAAGAAGAGUGAUGUCUAUGACAUACCAGCACCCCCCGACCUUUCAGUUGUUGAUAUCAAUUACAAGGGCGUCGUGUAUGGAACACAAUUGGCAAUCCACUUCAUGCGCCAUAAUCCGCAGCCUGGAGGUCGCAUUGUUGUAACAGGAAGCAUCGGCGGCGUUUUCCCUCACAAGUCCUAUCCGGUAUACUGCGGUACCAAGGCUUCCGUCAACCAUUUCAUCCGUGGUGUUGCGCCUUUGUUAAAGCAGAAAGAGGACAUUCUCAUUAACUGUGUCAUGCCGGGGAUCGUGAACACACCUAUUGUGCCGCCUGAGAUGAUUGCAGCUGUUACUCCUGAAUGUCUCACCCCUGUGCAGACCAUUCUCGACGCCUACGACACCUUUUUAGAAGACUCAACCGGCAUGGCAGGUGAACUAUUAGAGUGCUCAGCCGAGAAACUGAUCUACUACCCAAUGCCCAAGCCUGGAAAUGGCCACAUCACCCAGCGGGCCAUAACAGUCUGGGAGCCUUUGUUCCGCAUGAUGCACGGCGAAGAUUCCAAACUCGCGGAGGCAAUCCCAUAA